AACACAGUGAAAAGAAACCGCCCAUCACACACCCCAGCACACCAGCGCAGGAAACUUAUAACCUCGGGAGGCAGGGCCCUCCCGUCACUGCCUUCACAUACCUCCAGAAGAGCGGACGAGCGCCAGCUCCUGCCACUCAGGGCGCCUCAGACCCGAACUCUCGUUGCUCACGAGUCAUCAAAAAGCCAACAUGCUGGUAUUACUGGCUGGUAUCUUUGUGGUCCACAUCGCCACUGUCGUUAUGUUAUUUGUUUCCACCAUUGCCAAUGUCUGGGUGGUUGCAAAUGACGGAUCAUCAUCAUUAGGUAUUUGGAAAAACUGUAGCAAUGGUGUCUGCGAUCCUUUACCAUAUGGCGGGGAAGGCGCCCUCAAGUCAGUGCAGGCCUUCAUGAUCCUCUCCAUCAUCUUCUCUGUCGUCUCUCUCGUGGUCUUCGUGUUCCAGCUCUUCACCAUGGAGAAAGGAAACCGCUUCUUCCUCUCGGGGGCCGUCAUGCUGGUGUGCUGGCUGUGUGUUCUAAUUGGGGUAUCCAUCUACACUCAUCAUUACUCGUACAGAAACGGUUUCCACCACGGCUAUUGCUUCAUUCUGGGCUGGAUCUGCUUCUGCUUUAGCUUCAUCAUUGGCGUUCUCUAUCUGGUCCUGAGGAAGAAAUAAGACUGAACCAGUUUAUGGGGAUCUGGGGGGUGGGGAGAAGGAAGCUGUUGAAUUUGGGAGGGAGGUGGACGUUGCUAUGCAGGGAAAACCAAGAAAGGGAAGGGGGGCGGGGGAGGGGGAAGUAAGGGUGGGAGAGGCUGAAACCCAAACGUUACUGCAGAGGUUAUCUACUGUCAAGCCUCUGUCCUUGGGAGAAAGUAGUUGGCUAAAGACUUCGAUGCUCCCGUGAUCCGGGCCAGAGAGCCUCUCUCCAGCCACCAGACUUGGCCUCCAGCAGUUCUCAGUCACACACACUGCAGGGGCCCCAUCAGCUGCCACACCACUGGCUCCACUUCUGAGGGUGAAUUCUGAGUCUCGCACUGGGAUCCUCAGACCUACUGCUCCAAGUUAAAAUAGCGGUACAAGUUGCAGCAAGAGCUGAUCCUGUUUUUGUGUUGAAUAUGCUAAGCCUGGAAGCCAUACCACCCUUCCGAUCCAAAGCAAAACAUCACAUUGCAGUCUGAAGGGUUCACAGGAGGGCUUUGGCCCGGGAACCAUCAUCCCUCUUUAGAGCAGAUAUUUAGCUCUGUGGAAUUCAGUGGUAUUUGUGACAAAAUGGGAGGAAGAGAUAUAGUCAUAAGAUCAAGUUAGUGGGUUAGCUAAACCAAGAAAGAACUUUUCCCAAUGGAAGGCCUAGGGGCUGGUCAGAACCCAGACCAGACCUCACAUAGCUGUCCCUCAUGGAGACCUCUUGCCCUGGACUUUGCUAGACCUCUCGCUUAAAGCCAAGGCAGCUCUUCUGGAGUUUCUGUAAAGCCACUAAUGACCAGUUCAGUGGUGAAGGCACCACACAAAUUAUGGGAUCAAGGGGCAUCUUGCAACAGGGUGACAUUAGGGUUAUAUUUUUAGCGUCCCCUCUCCAUACAAUCAAUGUUUCUUUUAAAUAUAUAAUGGGAGAGAUGGACAUGGCCCCUUGUAACACAAUCUGUUACUGUCGCUCUAAAUUAUAAACUUUUGAGGAAGUUUUAUCUAAUUAUCCAUGUUGGGGAUCAGGGCUCCUAGGUGCAGUGGUAGCUUUAGCUUUGACACUGGCUGGAGUGGUCACCUUUCAGAGGCCCUGUCUAUCCCACUUCAAGGUGAGGCAGGGCAAUUCUGGAAGCUUAUUAAAACACACACAGACUAAAACCAAACACCAGAUUCGCGGGUGGAAGGUGCUAUAUAAUUGUAAAGUAUUAAGCAUACUAGAUUUCAGUCAUGAUAAAAAUGGUGCCUGCACUCCUAGGAAAAUAAGAAAAUUCUUGUGAGAUAAAUAAAAAUAUAGGUAAUGGGCAGGUAUUUUCUUUAAGAAAAAAAAGAAGGUAAAAGUCUUGUGGUACCCAGUCAGAUGGUAACCGAGCUGUCUGUUGCCACAGGAGCAUUUCUAUAGAGGACUUAGUAGUAGUAUGCUGUUCUUGGUUAUGCAGGCAUUGCUCUGGCCUACAGCAGUUAUUUUAAGCCAUCUCAGAUCCUAAAGGGGUUGUUUUGAGAAGACAUUUCCUUUAUCACCCUGAGAAAAAGAUUUACCCCAGGGAGAAUCUGAGACAUCUUGCUUUCUUUCCUUCUCCAAGCUCUCUCCCCCUCCCAUUUCUUACAUUCUUUUGCUUUUUUGGGGAGUUGUUAUGCCAUGAUUGUUGGUAUUUAUGUAAAAGGACUAUUACUAAGUAUAUUUCUCUGUGUUCAUUCUGGUUAAGGGAAUGUGGAGAGCAGGCCAUCAAAUUACUUGGGCAGGGGGUAGAGAGAUUGGCAAGCAAAAACUGGGGGAUGAUAAACUUUUUCAUUAUGGUGUAAUUAUCACAUGAUUACAGAAGGCUGUCUUAUGUGCAGUAGCAUGCUUACAUGUCAGAUUAUCCAAAAGAGAUAGUUGCAUUAUGUUAAAAGUCAAACUAUGACUGGAGUGAACCAUGUAUUCCCUUGUCUUUUACUUUGUUUCUGUGACAUUUAUGUCUCAUGUAAUUUGCAUUACGUUGGUGGGUUGUUCUAGUACUGUAUUUGGCUUCUUCUUUAAUAGGUUGAUAUUUCAUAUACUAUAAUUGUAAAUAUUUUGAUACAAAUGUUUAUUACUCUAGGGAUAUUAAAAUAGAUUCUGAUUCCCUUCA